AUGGAGGCCGGUGGUGGUUCUUGCGAUCUUCCGGCGGGCUGGGAAAAGCGGCUGAGUCGAUCAACGGGUGAAGUUUAUUAUCUGAAUUCUCUCACAAUGGAGAGCCAGUGGGACACUCCAAAAGAGCCUGCGCAGGUCGGAUACCUGGGAGUCGUCGGGAGCGCUCAAGUACGGUGUUCGCACAUACUACUCAAGCACUGCGAGUCGCGCCGGCCUUCCUCAUGGCGCGAAGAACAUAUCACCCGAACGCGAGACGAAGCGCUUGCCCUCAUCGAGCGCUACCGCGACCAGAUUGUGUCCGGCGAAAAGAAGUUCGAAGAGAUGGCGGUAAUGUACAGCGACUGCAACUCUGCGAAGAGGAAAGGUGACCUGGGUAUUUUCGGCCGCGGUGCUACGCAGAAGCGUUUCGAGGAAGCUGCCUUCGCGCUGAACGUGGGCGAGCUGUCCGAGCCCGUGUUCACGGAGUCCGGCGUUCACCUGAUCCUGCGAACCGCCUAGGUGUUAUCAUGUACUCGAUGCUGCAUACAUACCUCCGCUGCGUGAUGUCGAUGGUUGGAAUGACUCAGCCAGUGUUGGACCGAACAAGUGUGACUUUUAACGGGCGCUCCGGCGCGCUGCAGAUGUCGAAGGUUACAGCACGAACAUUUCAUAUGCUGACAGAGUGGGUCACGCACUGGAAGUGUUUUGCGAAAAGACAUCGCUGUUUUGCUUUCAUUCCAUGUAACUUUUGCUUUAUCAGUCAUAUUAAAAGUUUGGUUGAACUAAGA